AUGUUUAAAAGGCAUGUAUUAGAUGUUCCCGCUGUGAUUUUUGACUAUGGAUCAGGACUCAGUAAAGCAGGCCUGUCUGGAGAAAUUGGGCCCCGUCAUGUCAUCAACUCUGUUGUGGGGCAUACUAAAUUUGAGCCAUCUUCAGCAAGAGCCAAUCAAAAGAAAUACUUCUCAGGGAGUGAAGUUCUGUGCACCUAUGAGGCCUUAUGUUUGCACCACCCCAUUAAGCGUGGACUGGUAACAAAUUGGGAUGACCUGGAGAAACUUUGGGAAUAUCUUUUUGAGAGGAAGCUGGGAGUAAACCCCAGUCAACAGCCUGUGCUCAUGACUGAGCCCUCCUGGAACCCAAAAGAGACUCGAGAAAAACUUGCAGAAAUGAUGUUUGAAAACUUCAACGUGCCUGCUUUCUACCUGUUCAACCAUGCAGUGGCAGCACUGCAUGCUUCUGCCUGCAUCACAGGCCUGGUGGUAGACAGUGGCGAUGGGCUCACUUGCACUGUCCCUGUCUUUGAGGGUUACUCUCUACCUCAUGCAGUCUCCAAGCUAUAUGUGGCAGGGAGGGACAUCACAGAGCUCCUCACCAGGAUCCUCUUUGCUAGCAGGUGUACCUUCCCUUUCAUACUUCAGAAACCCUUGGUAAAUCACAUCAAAGAGAAGUUGUGCUACAUCGCCUUGGAGCCAGAGCAAGAGCUAUGCAAGAGAAUGGAGGAGGUCACGAAAGAAUUCGAACUUCCAGAUGGAAAUGUCAUCCGUAUUGGGGAUCUGCUGCACCAAGUGCCUGAGAUUCUUUUUACACCCAGCCGGCUGGACAUCCACAACCCAGGACUAUCAAAAAUGAUCUGCCGCAGCAUUAUGAAGUGUGACACUGAUAUCCAGAAGAACCUUUUUGCAGAGAUUGUACUGUCUGGGGGCACCACACUCUUGCCUGGGCUGGAGGAAAGGCUCAUGAAAGACCUGGAAAAGCUGGCUUCCGAAGGAACCUCCAUCAAGAUCUUGGCUUGUCCUGAAAGAUGUUUCUCUACAUGGAUUGGUGCAUCCAUCCUGACCUCUGUGAGCAGUUUCAAGCAGAGAUGGAUCAUCUCAGCAGACUUCAAAGAAUUCGGGGCAGCUGUGGUUCAUAGAAGAUGCUUUUAA